AUGGCCGACGAUGAAAGAUCUGACAAGCGGCAAGCGCCCAGACAGGAAGAACCCAAGCCAUCCGGAAUCCACAACGAGGUGCGGCCCUUCACCUGGGCAGAUCCGGGAACCUGGUCAGCAUCCCUCAAAUUCUUGCCGGCCUACGUGCUGCUCGUAGCCAUCUUCAUCGCGCUCUACUACAACCAUUUCGCAGACUCGAGUUUGGAUCUGACAACGUACGAAUCCUGCGCGGCCAGCUUUGAUUAUGGCUUUCGCGUCAACGCAGCUCUCUCCCAAGCACACGAGCAUUCCAAACGCAGCUGGGAGAUUGGAUAUGCAUACGAAGGCACGCAGCAGAUCUACAAUCCCGAUAGAUCCGUCUUCGGGCGUGAUCCAUUUCCGGGUGGCAAGCUGCCCAAGCUCGCCUUGAAAAUGGACGAAGCCUCUCUCUACAUCGAGAAGAAGAUCAACAGGACCGAAAAGACGCUCUUCGGGGAGGAGAACGGAGCCAUCUCCGAUCCUGCGGCUCUCGGGGUCGCCGCCCUGCAGUUCGCACAGAAGAAGUUCACGAAAGGCUACGUGGAAGCUGCGACGCGUCAGAAAGACUUUCUGUUGAACGAGGCUCCAAGACACAGUAAUGGAGCGAUCAGUCAUCGUUCCGAGCGAGUCGAGCUGUGGUCUGAUGCUAUUGCUAUGGUGCCGCCGUUCCUGGCCUACUACGGCGUCGCAACGAAUGAUCUGGAGAUGAUCCAACAGGCCGUACUGCAGAUCGAGCAUUACAGGGACCUGCUUCUCAUUCGCGAUGGUCCGAAGUCUGGCUUGUGGAAGCACAUCGUCUCAAAUGACGGAGAUGUGGAUGCAGAGGCAUGGUCAACCGGCAACGCAUGGGCAGCAUACGGCAUGGCGAGAGUCAGGGCCACGAUCGCCGCCUGGCCCGUGAGCAAUGCUGCUCUGUCAAAAGAAAUCCAAGCAUUAGACUCCUCAAUCGAACAGAUCCUCGACGCCGCGAUCAAGACGGACGACGACAAGCCUGGGCUACUCAAAAACUAUCUGGGUGAUAAAAGCUCGCAAGGAGAGAGCUCUGGCACUUCUCUCCUUGCCGCCACCGCAUACCGAAUGGCUAUUCUCGUGCCAGAUCGUUUUGGAAAGGAGAAAUACAUAUCCUGGGCAAACAAUAAGCGAAAGGCGGUCUUCGAGCGGGUCGAUGGAGACGGUAUCGCCAAGCCUGCUGUCAAUCCGUACGAGCCGCGAUCGGAGCAGCCGAUUGAUCUAAGUCCGGAGGGCCAAAGUUUUCUAUUGCUUCUAGGUUCGGCGUGGCGAGAUUGCGUGUGCGGCGGGCCACCUUUAUGUCGCGAGAGCUACAUCCAGGAGCAUCCAACGGAGCCCACUCGAGAGUACACAUUCGAGGCUCUCAUUGGAUAUCCGAUCGAAUCCGCUAUACAAAUGAUCAAGGAGCCUGUCGACGACUUUCUCAACCACUUGAAAGGACUAGGCGCUUGA